AUGGCGGGCGUACACGAAGGUCCGGAGUAUGGCAUCGGCGACUUUGUCUUGUUACACGAGUUAUCUCUGGAUGCUUUCAUGAAGAAUUUGAAACACAGGUUUGAGAAAGGUCGUAUCUACACAUACAUUGGAGAAGUGGUUGUAUCAGUAAACCCAUACAGAGAAGUGGAUAUAUAUAACAGCUCUUAUGUUCAGCAAUAUAAAGACAGAGAAAUUUAUGAGAGGCCUCCUCAUAUUUUUGCCUUAGCUGACAAUGCACAUAAAACCAUGAAAAGGCAAGCGAGGGAUACAUGCAUUGUUAUUUCAGGGGAGAGUGGAUCGGGCAAGACAGAGGCCUCCAAGAUUAUCAUGAGAUACAUUGCUGCAGUGACCAAUGUUAGUGGUCAGAAAGAAGUUGAGCGAGUCAAGGAUGUUCUCAUCAAAUCUAACAAUAUUCUUGAGGCAUUUGGGAAUGCCAAGACAAACCGCAAUGACAAUUCCAGUCGGUUUGGCAAAUACAUGGACAUCAACUUUGACUUCAAAGGGGACCCAGUUGGUGGUCAUAUCAGUAAUUACUUGUUGGAAAAGAGUCGUGUCGUGUACCAGCAGAACGGAGAGAGGAAUUUUCACUCAUUUUACCAGUUGUUAAGUGGAGCUCAGGAUAGCAUGUUGAAUGAUUUGAAACUAACCAGGGAUGUUAAGAAGUACAACUUCGUCAACCAGGGCGGAGAUGCCAAGGUGGCUUCAAUCAAUGACAAACAAGACUUCCGUGCUGUAAUGGAUGCUAUGAAGGCUACCGGCUUCUCUCCAGAAGAGACGGCAACAACCUGGAAAAUAGUGGCCUCCGUCCUACAUCUGGGAAACAUUGAAUUUGUGGGCGAGGACCAGGCUGAAAUCAGUAACCAGCAUGAGACAUCCACCAUUGCCAGUUUGUUGGGUGUGACUAUGGAGAAUGUAGAAAAAGCAUUAUGUUCUCGUGUUAUUGCAGCAGGUGGAAAUGUUGUCGACAAGCACCUCAAUGUUGGUGAAGCCCAUUAUGCCAGGAAAGCUUUUGCAAAGGCCAUGUAUGACCGCUUGUUUACCUGGAUUGUUGGUCGCAUCAAUGAUGCCAUUGAUCCUAGACAUGGUGGCCGGGUGGGCAAGAACACGGUCAUUGGUGUGCUGGACAUCUAUGGCUUUGAGAUCUUUGAUAACAACAGUUUUGAGCAGUUUUGUAUCAACUACUGCAAUGAGAAACUUCAGCAGCUGUUCAUUGAGCUGGUUCUAAAACAGGAGCAAGAGGAGUAUAUGAGAGAAGGCAUACAAUGGCAGCAUGUGGAUUACUUCAACAACAAGAUUAUCUGUGACCUGGUGGAGUUUCCACAUAAAGGAAUGUUUGCAAUCUUGGAUGAGGCUUGUCUCAAUGUUGGCAAAGUCACAGAUGAGAUUUUCCUAGAUGCAUUGGCUCAGAAGCUUGGUAAACAUGAUCGAUUCACUUGCAGAAAGCUGGAUCCAGCUGACAAAACCCUGGAACAUCACAGGGACUUCCGCAUUAAACAUUAUGCUGGAGAUGUAACCUAUAGCAUUGUGGGUUUCAUUGAUAAAAACAGAGAUACCUUGUUCAUGGAUAUCAAGAGGCUUCUUUAUAACAGUUCCAACAGUGUAAUCAAAUCAAUGUGGCCAGAAGGAGCACAGAGUGUGACAGAGACCACCAAGAGACCGAUCACUGCUGGAACCUCAUUCAAAAACUCCAUGAUUGCGCUUGUGGAAAAUCUUGCCAGCAAGAUACCAUUCUAUGUGCGGUGCGUCAAGCCAAAUGAGAUGAAGUCCCCAGUCCUGUUUGAUGAUACUAGAACUCGUCACCAAGUGGCAUACUUGGGUCUCUUGGAGAACGUCAGAGUCCGCAGAGCUGGAUUUGCUUUUCGAAUGGCUUAUGAUCGUUUCUUGCAAAGGUACAAGAUGAUCUGCCCUAAGACCUGGCCAAAUUACCGUGGCCAGGUAACUGAAGGUGUGAAACUCAUCAUUAACUCACAAGGAUUUGCAGAUGAUGUCAUGUUUGGCAAGUCAAAAAUCUUCAUUCGCUCACCGCAGACUCUCUUUGCUCUAGAGCAGGCAAGAGAUGCUAAGAUACCAAGUAUUGUGGUGUUCUUACAGAAACAUGCACGUGGAGGGUUAGCACGUAAGCGAGUCCGUCGCAUGCGCGCUGUCUACCUGAUCAUGGCCCACUACAAGAAAUACAAGCUGCGGUGCUACACCCUGGCCUGUCUGGAGAGGUUUGGCAAUGCCAAGAGGAUGAAAGACUAUGGUCUGGGUGUACAGUGGCCUAAACCACCACAUUCAUUGAGACCAACUGUAGAACUGCUCAAGAGAGCCCACGCAAGAUGGAGGGCACACAUGAUCUUAUCAAAGAUCCCUGAGAAAGAUCGACCACUGAUGAGGUUGAAAGUCAUGGCUGGCGAUAUUUUGGUGGGCAAACGAGCUGACUGGGGUGUCAAGCGAAACUGGGAGGGAAAUUACCUGGCAUCUACAAAGGACAACCCCAGCACAGCAGACUUUGUGUCACAGAUGAAUGCCCUCAAAGGAAGAGAUGGAUUUCACACAAUUUUAUUUUCUUCCUGUGUCAAAAAGGCUAACAAGUAUAACAAAACUGCAGAAAGAGGAAUAGUUAUUACAGAUAAGUUUAUCUACAAGUUAGAUAUUAAAAAGAAGUUCAAACCUAUGACAAAGGGAACUCCACUUACAGAUGUAACAGGCCUAAGUUUAACACCUGGAAAGGAUCAGCUGGUAAUAAUUCACCUGAGUGGAGGCAAUGACCUAGUCUUGUGUCUAGAGAACCCUGCCCAGGAGGAGCGUGUAGGGGAGUUGGUUGGCGUCUUGAGCUCUCAUAUGCACAAGGUGUUGAAGAAAGACUUGAAAGUGAACAUCAACAAAACACUUAACUGCAUGCUGGGUCACAAGCCUCGUACAGUUACAGUCAAGGAAACGGCCCUGAAUGGUGGAACUGUGUUCAAAAAGGAAGGGGAUGGAUUAGCAUUACAGUGGCCCAGUGCUUAA